AUGGCACCUCCAGAAUCCCCCUAUGACCCCUCUAAAGCAAAGUUGGAAGGUAUUUCCAGAUCGCUUGAUUCACUUGCACUUGAUCCAUAUGAUGGCAAGUCUUCUAGUGGUUUCAAUCCACUGCGUUUUCCAGGAGCCUUGGGUACACUCCCUAUGGACGUAAUGUGGAUGAUUCUUGAUGAGAUCAUGAUAGGCGACGGGCCUUUAACAUACAGUGCAAUCUGUACCAUCCGGAAACUCUCGUGUGCCACCAACAAAUCAAUCUCAGCGCAGAUGAGCGAUUAUCUGCGAACUAGGAAAUCGUUAAGAUAUCUCUCUGGGAAAUUGGGAGAAGUAAAAUGGCAUCCAUGGAGAGAUACCAUCUGGGGCCCUAUGCCUCUGGACAAUUCACGCCGUCCAUACAUCGAGCCUCUUUCCAUUAAGGAAGAUGUCGACACAAAGUCCAACCUUCUGACGGAAAUUAUUUGCGAUGAUUGUCCCGCCUGUUUUGAAUGGGUUUCAAAGCGAAUUCAUGGGUUGGAAUGCUCUGGGUGUAAUGAAAAUGGUUGGAAUUUUGUCUCUCUCGCUAUCCAAGCUGGGUCCUUGAGCAUGCUGAAAUAUUUCUUCACAAAGCAGCCUGAGACAUUGCCUUUGCUCUGGUCUUUCUCAAACUACUUGUCUCCAACUAUUGACCGGCCAAUCAACAUUUUCAUCCAUGGGAGGAAAGUGCAAUUUAUUGCGCAGCUCAUGGAAUUUCUGGAGCCUCGGUUGACCAAGAUCAAUUGCCCGGAGGCUGUCAGGAAUGGCAUUUCGGAGACUUCAGAGCUGAACGCUUUCACUUACGAACUGUCUAAAUACAGGUCCUCUCUCUGUAGGUUCGCAUCUCCUUACAUGGCGGAGAAAUUAAAGGGGGUCGGUCUAGAUCUUUGUGCCUUCGAGGACGCAUAUCAUGCUGCGAUCUUCAACGGUCGAGAUUUUUUGGACUAUCUUCAUAAAAACUCCGAGCUUCCAAAGAACAAUGAGCACUGGUUCGAUGGAAAAUCUCCUUUUGAGAGCGCAGUGGAGGAAAAUUGUCUCGAAUCGGUUCGCUGGCUCAAGCGACAUGGGGGUGACGAAAUUGGGCAAAUGGCUCGAAUCACGUUGCUCAACAAAGUCGCUUCUCAACUCACAGAUGAAAGCGAGGUUAUGCUUCAAGAACUUCUUUCUGUAGCUGAAGGGGUAAUGCUUGGUCACUUCGAAUCUGCAAGGUUGGUUCGAGCUGUCGUGCGCGGAUUGGUCCCGUUUGUGAAGGCUGAAGCGAAUAAACGAGAUGCCGGGGAUUCGACCGAAGGCGAGUUCCUGUCUUGGAAACUUCGGCAAGAGGAUCGGGCCAUCAGAAAGUGUGCGCUCAUUCUGAAGGUUUCUUGGAAGACUAUUGCGAUUGGUGGUAACUCUGUUGCUCAGGACAUUGUUCCCCCAUCAACGGGUUUUACCGCAAAUCUUGCGAUCGCAAUCCAGAAAUUCACCAGUGCAAGCGACACAGCUCAGCUAGCUGGGUUGCAGCGCUUGGCUAGUACUAUCAAUCGCCUUUUCAUUUGA